UUCUCUCACAAGUUCAAGAACUGCUGAAACAUUUCUGAGUGAAAAUGCAACGCAGCAACUUCAAUCCUCGCACGAAUCCUUUCCCAACCCACCACCAAAUUCAUCAAUUCCCCUCUCAAAUUCCUCAAAACCCACCAACAAUCAACCCCUACAAUCCCCAUUACAUCCCCCAAUUUCAAUCCUCAAACCACCCAUUUAACCCUCAAAUUCCUCCAUCUAAUCAUCCCUCUUCUUGUUCCUUAGAUUACGAGCAACUAAGAGAUGAAGUUAUUUACCUCCAUUCUCUCUGGCAUCGAGGUCCUCCUCCUACCUUAAACCGUCCUUCUCAAACACCCCACUUUCUUAAACCCUCAAAUUCAACUCACUACAAAAAAACCCACAAAAAAUUCAAGACUUCUAAAAAAGCCCACCUCAUUUCUGAUAAAGAAUGGCCUGUUGAAUCAUUACCCAAAUGCCCAUCUCCAUCUGGGUCAUCUUGGCCCGAGUUUAAGCCGCAUUCGGCCCCGGUUUCUCGGCCUGCCACGGCCGAGGAGAGGGAGAAGGUGUUGGGUUUGAAGAUUCAUUUGAAGGGUUUGGAUUCUUGCUCUGGGUUGUUUCAUAGAGAGGGUGAUAAUGAGAGUGAUGAUGAUGUGGAAGAAGAAGAAGAUGAUGAUGGUGAUGAUGUGGAGGAGUUUGAGUUUUUUAUGAAGGUGUUUGAGGAGGAUAGUGAGUUGAGGGGUUAUUAUGAGAAGAAUUGUGAGAAUGGGGAGUUUUAUUGUUUGGUUUGUGGGGUUAUAGGGAAAAAACUUAGGAGGAAGUAUAAGAAUUGUGUUGCUCUUGUUCAGCAUUCGAUCACGAUUUCGAAUACGAAGAAGAGGAAUGCUCAUAGAGCUUUCGGGCAUGUCAUUUGUAAGGUUCUUGGAUGGGAUGUUAACCGGCUUCCGUCAGUUCCUUCUACAGUUGGGGAUCAGGGUGAGGUCAACAACCAUGCUGAUGGUGGGAAGGACAAUUCUGCUGUUGUCGAGAGGGAAAAAGACUUUGCAAACACCAGUCAUAGUGAAGCAGGCACAAAAGUUAAGCCUGAUGCUAUUCAGAUGGAGAAUGAUAGUGCUCUGGACGCAGCGUGUCUUGCUAGUGAACUGACUGAAACUGCAGUGCCUAAGGGCACAACUUCAUUAUCCAGGAGGAGAUGAAUUGCUCAGGGGAUUUAGGACAAUCCCAAAUAAUGAAAUUUUUGUAAAGCAUAACAUUUAAGACCAGAAUAAUGGGAGAAACUCUUUUACUGAGCCAUUAGAUAUAAUGUACCAACUAACAAGGAUGGUAAUUGAUAGAGAUAAAUGGCUGGCUAUGAUCCCUUCUAUUGUUCCACGAUGCACAUUGUAAAAUAAGAAAUUAGCAUAUUAUUAGCAUCCAAGAUUCCAAAUGAGCUUUAGAAAUGACGAAAGUCUCUUGAGUAGAAAAUGAUAAAAUCCAUAAUGGGAGGAAUUGCGCUUGCGCAAGAGACAGAAAGGGUAACAUGCGAAAAUCAGGGAUAUUUUUGCUAAAGGCUAUUUGUUCCUAGAACAGUAUUUUAAAGCAAGAUGAAAUUUUGGAAUUGAGCUUUUAAAACUGAUAGCAACUGAGAAAAAAAAAAAUCAAGGUCCUGCUCAAGAGACUAAUAAGAGUUGUGUGUUUAUGUUUGCUCUCCUGCUUUGAUAUUUAGAAUGCUUUGUUCAUGUUAAUCGAUAUCCAGAGAUGUCAAAUGCACUGCAUAGUUUUUCCAUUGUGAUCUCAAGAUCUCAUAGCUGCAUGUUAUUGCCGACUUUUGCCAUGCCUACACCUGUAUCAUAGAAUACGUACUUUGAAGUUUGACUCUAUAUAGACAGAUGAAACUGAUUGAAAGCAUUAUCAA